AAAUCGAUGACAUUAAAUUUACAGAUGGGAGACUAGAAUUCUUCAAACUUCAAAACCCAGCUUUGAUGAGCAGCUGAUCCUAAACAUUAUGUCAUUUCAUCGUCACACAAUCUGACCGAGAUUUGGCAAGCAAACAUACUUCGCUAAUUUGAAAAAUUAAAUCUCGUUUCCAUCAUAAAUUAGUUGCCAUCUAAUUUCGUCCUCUCCUUUCUUCGCAAUAGAAAAGAAGAGGGACAAGUAAUGCCUGAAGUUGUAUUGGGUUGAAGUUUAUCAAUGGCUAAAACCUCGUCAUCUCUGUACAUUUCGACCCUGUCUGCUCUUCCCAUUUCUUUCAGUCACACUCCCAAUUCGCGGAUAAAAAUUCCAUAUUCUUGCUUCAAAUCCUCAUUCAAUUGCUCCAUCUCAAAUUUCACAGUCUCAAAACGCAAAAAACGCUGCAGACCAUGCAAGCUCAAUGCAUUGACGACUGACAUCACCCCACUUUUUACACUCUCAGAAAACAGUGGGUAUUCUACAGCUAGUUACUAUACUUCAUUGGGUCUCUUUUUGAUUUCUGUGCCUGGUCUCUGGUCUCUCAUCAAACGUUCUACAAAGUCCAAGAUUGUGCAGAAGACAUUUUUGAUUUCUAAGGAAGAUGGGAAGACACCAAAUCAAAUCGCUGGAGAGGUUUUGUCGUUCUUCACCAGGAAUAAUUUUGUUGUUUCGGACAGGGGAGAAACAAUCACGUUUGAGGGUAUGAUGGUUCCAAGUCGAGGACAGGCACUCUUUCUGACAUUUUGCACCUGUGUAAGUCUUGCAAGUGUCGCUCUUGUUCUAACUAUUACAGUUCCUGAUGUUGGAGACAAAUGGUACUGGUUAACAGCCUUGAGUCCUCUUGCAGGAGUGUACUAUUGGAGACGAGCAUCGCGUAAGGAACAAAUUAAAUUAAAGAUGGUAGUAGCUGAUGAUGAAUCUUCUGCAGAUGUCAUCAUACAAGGUGAUGAUGAACAAGUUGAUCAACUCCGUAGAGAGCUCAGGCUUAUGGAAAAGGGAAUGGUGUAUGUAAAAGGAAUUCUAGAAAGAUGAUUUCCAUUCUACCGUGUUGCUGCUAUCUAUUAUUUCUUGUAUCAGCUUCUCCACUAAAGUUCAAUUAUAGUUUUUCUCGAGAUGGCUUAAUUUGCAAGGUUAUUGUUGAAAGCAGUUAGGAUUCUGUCUUGUAUGAGUCAAAAUGCAUUCUGGAGGUCAAAAUGUAGUUCCUGCAAUUAAUAUGAAAUGCUUCUAGGUCACUCUAGAGUUUCUA